AUGGGUUUUCCAGUUGGAUUUGAGCGUUUUAUUGCUACCGCUGGUAUUUUUGCCGUGUUUGGUGGCAUUGCUUUGGGAGCAUAUAAAUUGCGUCAAUCAAGUGAUUCGUUACGCGGACGUGGAAUCUACUGGAGGAAUCAAGAAAUGGAAGAUUUUGUACACUGUAAGGAGGAAAAUUUGAAACGGACAAUUGCACCAUAA